AUGAAAGCCUUUACAUUUUUGCUUGUGGUUUUGGCUUCGGCCAGUUGUCUUUUGACUGCUCAGGCCAACCUUAUUGAAUCCAGCGAAUUGAGCUUGGAUACUGACUUGGAGGCUGACUUUGACUAUGAUUACGAAGUGGAACAACUUAUGGAUGAAAUGGAUGAUAGCUACGACUAUAUGGAGGUGGAGGAUUUUGGCGUCUUCCGUACCUUCAGGAAAAUCCUUUGGGCUGCCUUGAGGACGGUUCGUGGCGCCGAUUGCAUUAUCAGGGAGGUGGAAAGUGUGCUGGACGCUAGCAGAAACUUCCUGAAAUCCGUGGAGCGCUGCGGCUCCGAUAUUCCCAAGGAUGCUAAGGAGCUUGUCAAAUCCGUAAAGGACAUCGUCAGCAUCUCCGACACCAUCAUUAAGUUGCGUGCCAAGCUGUGCACCAAGAACCGAUUCAUCUUGACCAGACUGUACCACAAGCUGAGGUGCUUCUUCAGGGUGUUCGGGGCCACCUUGAAGCUGGUCAGGGAGAUUCCCAGGGCUCUGAGGGAGAUCGCCAAGUUGCCCGCUAAUGCCGGCCACUGCGUUAAGAAAGCCACCGACGACGUGAAAAGCUCUCUCACCUCCUUCUCUCCCAAAAUCAAGGUCUGCCUUAAGAAGUAA